UGAGUCGUAAACCACAUAAUAGAAAAGAAAAAAAGAAGACAAAGCAAAGAAGAAAACAAUGGCGGAUUGGGGCCCAGUUUUCGUGGCUGUGGUUCUCUUCCUCCUUCUAUCCCCCGGCCUUCUCUUCCAAAUCCCCGGCCAUCACAGCUUCAUUCAGUUCGGCAACUUCCAAACCAGCGGCUCCUCCAUUUUCAUCCAUUCCCUCAUCUUCUUUGCCCUAAUUUCCCUCUUCACCUUCGUCAUUCAACUCCACAUCUACAUAUGAUCAUCCCAAAAUUAUCGAACCUAUUUCUAAUUUCCAGUGAAAGAAAGAAAAGGAAGAAGGAAAAAAGAAAAGAGAAUGGAGAAGGCGGCGGAGGAGGAGAUGGAGCUAAUCAGCCUUGCGAUUCGGAGGCUGAUGGAGGAGAACCGCAACAGAACCACCUCUCAUCGGAGCUCCGAUACCGAUACCGACGCGGACGAUAUGCAACUUCUUUCCCAAUUGCUCUCUGAGGUUAGAUAGAUUUUGUUAGUCUAUUCAUUCAUAACAUAAUCGGUUUGCUUCAAAUCAAUUAAUACGAAAGAAUAUUUUCAUCGAUUAAUUUUUUAAUUUUAAAAUAUUAAGAUUCAAAUCUCUUGUGUCGCUUAAUUACUUUCAUGACUAUUCAACAGAAUUGGGAGAGUUGAAAUCUGGAUUUCAUUUAGGCAUAACGAAAUAGGGGUUGUUCGGUAGAUAAUUUCGCCUUUCCAUGUUUUUGGAUUUUGUGUGUUCCAAACUGUUCUUUUGAAAUCAAUAUUUCCUUGGUUUCAUAAUAUCCAUAAUUUCAAUUUUACCUUUUAAAAUGCAAAAUGGUAUUAAAUGCAUAUAAAAAUAUUUAAAAUUAAAUUUUUUAUCAUGGUGUAGACUCAAUUCGUUUUCUAAAAGAAUAAUAUGUAUUUAUGAAUAAUGUUAUAAAUUAUAUAAUAUUACAAAAAUAUACAUAAUUAUUAUAAAAUUUAGUUCCAAAAUAGUAACUAUUACAUGUGUUUUCACACCAUAGACACUAUAUAUAUAUAUAUAUAUAUAUAUAUAUAUAUAUAUAUAUAUAUAUAUAUAUGUAGAUAUAAGAUUUACGAAGUUUAUCAAAAAUAUAAAAUAAGUUUAACCAACCCUUUAAAAAUAAAUUUAUAUUAACAAAUAAAUUGAUAAUAAUUUACUGUCAGUUUUAUGAUUUAUAAAUAUAUAAACUUGAAAUUACUUACACAAUAUGAUAAAAUCCAUUCGACAAAACUUAUCUAAAAUUUUUUUUAUGUAUAACCAUUUUCCUAUAAAAAGAUACAACAUCAAACACAUCUAAACAUUUGUUUAAAUUAAAACACAUCUAAACAUUUGUUUAAAUUAAAAUGUAACGCUCGGAUCAUGCAACCCCAAUCUAAAAACAUGAAAUAAAAUCUUAAUUUCAUUGAAUAGCCAAACAUAUCCCUUAAUUACUCUGCCAAUUUAAAACCUUUGAUAAAUAUGGCAUAUUUUAAAUUUGAAAUUUGACAUCUUAAUCUUUUUGUUAAUGCCAAACUUAGAAGCUUGUAAGUUUUUUCCCACGACCCAUUUGGUUAUUAUCUUUUAAAAGAAAAAAUUCAAAUGCUUACGAAAAAUAGUUAAAUUUCUUAAUAAUUUUCAUUUAACUCUUUUUUAAAGAAAUUAUGAACCACACUGAAAACCAUUUUAUUUUUAUUUUUAAAAUUGGGGAAGAACAAGUAAUUGGGUUUUAUUACCAUUAACAGGUGGAAUCAACAAGAGAAGAACAGAGGCUUAACCACUACUCUAAGCAAGAGGAUGGGGAAAUAAUUGAGACAAACUUAGAGGCUGAAGGAGAAAAUAAUGUGGAAAGAAGUGAAAUCAAGGUUAAAACAGAGGAGAUAGUGAAAGAGCUAAAAGAAGUGAAGAAGCAAAAUUUCGUAACUCACUGCCUUGUUUCAGCAAUGAUUAUCCUCACUGUUGCUUGGCAAAUCUCUGAAGUGUCUUUCAUUUUGAAACUCAGAGAUGGGUUGUUGAGCAAUCCAUUCAAAUCCCUAGGAACAAUUCUUAAAAGAAAGACAACUUCAGCAAUACAACAUCAGAUUGAAGCUACUGAAUUGCCUCAGCUUAAUAUACCUGCCAUACCUCACGUCAGCUUACCCGACUUCGAUGAUGAUUCAUAGCUUCAUCAACAUCCAUCACCUAAGUUGUGUUCCUUUGGAUGUGCAGCUCUUUGGUUUUGUUUUUAUAGCCACAACUAAACAUUUGAACAGCUUUGUACAACUUUGUAUCUAUCUAAAUUAGUUGUUUAAGGGAAGAAAUUAUAUUGAACCCCUGUAUUUUGUCGGGCGUGUCUACGCCGGUACUGCUUUUUGUUUUGGAAGUUUAAGGCUGGAAUUUAUAAUAAA